AUGCCUCAGAAACUCCACUUGUCGUUUCUGCCGAGUCGAAAACGGACAACGAUAAACGAGGUCCAUGACCAUGCCUUGAGUCAACAACAACCACAAGGUCGUAACCUAGAGAUGCGGCUGGAGAAUGUCGACGAGACUUGCUGCCAUUCUUCAGACUCGAUCCAACUAUCGACUCGACAGCGACCGCACUUGACUAGUUCAACCUGCACCGUUCCAACGGAUCGACUCUCCCCAAUCAUGUCGCCGUGGCACGACGGCUUCGAAUCGAAGGAGUAUGUACCCGCGUCACGCAAAGUGCGCGUGUCCGACGCAACGUUGGUCUCUCGGGCGUGUCAAGCCAGCGUAAUAUGUCGGAAGACGAGACUGCUCCGCGUGCCAUCUGUCAUGUGGGACUGCAAAGAUAUUGCCGGCUUUGCCAUGCUGUCACGACGCAUGGGGGACAAAGGUGAAGACUUUGAAGUCCUAACGACGGGCGAAGUAGCUUGUGAUCCACGGGACGUUGAGCUCCUGCUACGCUCGCGAACAGAGAGUGAGUACAACGCGGUGGCUCGAGACUUUUUCGGGGAUCAAUUCAUCUUCGGAUCUAUCGUCCAUGAGGUGCAGCCUCACAGGUUCAAUCCAGACUUAGAUGAUGAGAAUGAGGGUAUAAGACUGAAGCAAGAGGACUUUCACGUCUCUGCUGGCGACCACGCGACAGUCCGAACGGCAUGUUUUGCUCACUCGCGACGAUUUGCACGGAACGAAGAGUGGUGCUUCCUUGAUCAUUAUCGACCUCGCACGAUGACCCCAGCAGCAAGUCUCUUCACGACAAAUGGAUCGACGGAAUCUUCCACUGUAUCAGCUGCUCAUGCUGACGAGUCCAUGGGGUUUACUAUCGUACUGAGUUCGAUGCCGGAAAGCGAAUUAACUGCUGGGAAAAUGAAGAAACAGCGGGUCACCCAGUUGCACGGGAUCACGGCCUCGUAUCAAGUUGAACCUGUGCCUGAGACGGAAGCCUGCGCUGGUCCUCGUUCCCGAGUGAGCUUUCACGCGACCUUUAGUGCCCCUAAAAGUAUCCCAGAAGGCUACGCGGACUCGGAGACCGUACGCACGAGGUUGAUGGCCAUUGCAAGGAGCCUCCAUCGCCUUCCAGAUUUGCUGCUACUGCGACAGCGUCAGGCGAAUCAAUCGAUUGUACAAGGCAGUUUUAGCAGUCGAUCCGGGAUUGAGUACCGCGAGAACGAAGAGGCAAAUAUUUCAAGGUGCGUCGCGUGUACGAAACGUCUUCGACUCAAAGUACUCGAUACCCCAACGCGUCGAUCGAAAAGGUGCCAGAUCUGCAUGUAUCGUGCGUGUGCUUCGUGUUGGUCAAAGGAAAAUGUCGAGACUUUCAGUGGCCACACAACAAGUGUCGUCGUGUGUCGCCGUUGCUUCGAGAACUUUGGUAACAGCGACUACUCGCAUAUUCAGCUAACAUAG